AUGGCGGCGGAGCUGCAUCCGCGGAGCGGAAAGCUGAUCGGCCUGUCCAACUCGAACCGAACCGCCCGGCGCAACCAGCCUGUCCAGGAGUUUAACCACGGCCUGGUGCUCAGCAAGGAGCCGCUCAGGGACCGGGAUGUCUUCACUGUCCGCAUUGACAAGAAGGUGAAUUCGUGGAGCGGUUCCAUUGAAAUUGGCGUGACAGCACUGGACCCCGCAGCGCUGGACUUCCCCAGCAGCGCCACAGGCCUUAAGGGCGGCUCCUGGAUCGUAUCGGGCUGCUCGGUGCUCCGUGAUGGCCGCUCUGUCCUGGAGGAGUAUGGCCGCGACCUCGACCAGCUAGCUGAGGGCGACCGUGUAGGCAUUCAGCGCAGCUCCCAUGGGGAGCUCCACCUCUGGGUCAACGGGCAGGACUGUGGUGCGGCUGCCAGCGGCUUGCCACCCAAGCUGUGGGCAGUUGUGGAUUUGUAUGGCAAGUGCACUCAAGUAACGGUGGUGAGCUGUGAGCCGCCACCGCCCUCCGCAGAGAGAGAGAGAGAGACAAUAGAGCGGGACGAGGAGGAGGAAGAUGAGGAGGAUGAGGAGGAAGAAGUGGUAGUGUGCGGGGGUCGGGAGGACGUGGGAAUUGCGGCACUGAUGAAUGUGGCAGCAAUGAAUGGAAUGAUGAACGGAGAUGAAGUGCCUGAGCUUAGCUGCAGUCACAGCCGACCAGACAAGUUCCCCAACAACCUGGAGCCUGACACUGUUCUGACAGAGCACCAGCUUUUUGACGUGUUCAACAACGCAAUAGUUUCCUUUUAUCGCUCUGAAGAUGAGGGCGGAGGGGAAGAUGGCGGAGGUGGAGGUGGCGGAGGAACUGGAGGAGGCAGUGGCGGAGGGGGAAAUGCAUUACCCGACUCCUCCUCCAGAAACGAGAGAGGGAGCAGCAGCAGCGGAGGAGGUGCAGUUAACAGUGACAGUGGAACUGGGACAACAGGAGGAAGUGGAGGAGGAGGAGGAGGAGGUAGUAGUGGUGGUGGAGACAGUGGAAAUGCUAAUAACGGUCCUGCUGGUAAUGGAGGGGUGGGGCCAGGAGCCUUGACAGGUGGGAUGACCACCAAUGAUGCACUGCUGUUCCACGAGAAGUGUGGCACUCUGAUCAAACUGAGCAACAACAACAAGACGGCGGAGCGAAGGAGACCGCUGGAUGAGUUUAACAACGGCGUAGUGAUGACCAACCGGCCGCUCCGACACAAUGAGAUGUUUGAGAUCCGCAUUGAUAAGCUGGUGGACAAAUGGUCAGGCUCGAUAGAAAUCGGCGUGACCACACACAACCCUAACAACUUGGAUUAUCCUGCAACUAUGACUAAUCUGCGCUCAGGUACAAUCAUGAUGAGUGGCUGCGGGAUAUUAACCAACGGGAAAGGAACCCGCAGGGAAUACUGUGAAUUCAGCCUUGAUGAACUUCAGGAGGGAGAUCACAUAGGGUUGAUGCGCAAAGCCAGUGGAGCACUCCAUUUCUACAUCAAUGGCAUCGAUCAAGGUGUUGCAGCAGCCCAGACCCCCGGCGUGGUCUACGGCGUGGUCGACCUCUACGGCAUGGCUGUCAAGGUCACCAUAGUCCACAACCACAACCACAGCGACCGCCUCAGACGCAACAAUGCAAUCAUGAGGGCUCUGUCCCCCGACGUUGGCCGACCCCGGCCGGCCCUCUCCCUCACUCCAGACUCUGACGGGCCUGACCGCCUGCUCUUUCACCCCAACUGUGGCCAGAAGGCCGCCAUCAUCAGCGAUGGCAGGACGGCGCUGCGGCCACAUGCCACUGAUGACUUCAACCACGGCGUGGUCCUGAGCAGCCGGCCGCUACGCUCCAACGAGGUGUUCCAGGUUCGCAUUGACAAGAUGGUGGACAAGUGGGCGGGUUCCAUAGAAAUUGGUGUCACAACGCACAACCCCGCCUACCUGCAGCUGCCCUCCACCAUGACAAACUUGCGCUCAGGGACUUGGAUGAUGACAGGGAAUGGUGUGAUGCACAACGGCACAACAAUACUGGAUGAGUACGGACACAACCUGGAUCGACUCAAAGCAGGAGACACAGUUGGUGUGGUGCGGAAAGAAGAUGGCAGCCUCCAUUUCUUUGUGAACGGUGUAGCGCAGGGCCCGGCAGCCUGGAAUGUCCCCCCGAGUGUCUAUGCUGUAGUCGACCUCUACGGCCAGGCAGCUCAGGCCACCAUCAUGGACGACAUGGUGGACCUUCCCCCUCUUCCAGAGGACAGCACAGAGGGCCCCACAGCCAUUUCCCCUGGGAGCCCCUGCUCAGUAGCAGGGGCCACCACAACCACUGACCUGCGUUUUCACCAGCUACACGGCACCAAUGCUGUCAUCACCAAUGGUGGGCGCACCGCCCUGCGUCAGAACUGUCGCAGCGAGUUCAACGACGCUAUUGUCAUUUCCAACAGGUGCCUUCGGGAUGGAGAGCUGUUUGAAAUCGUUAUUCAGAAGAUGGUGGACCGCUGGUCAGGUUCAAUAGAAGCAGGUGUGACAGCCAUCAGGCCAGAGGAGCUUGAGUUUCCAAACACCAUGACUGAUAUUGAUUAUGACACCUGGAUGCUAAGUGGAACAGCCAUCAUGCAAGAUGGCAACACAAUGCGCAACAACUAUGGCUGCGAUCUGGACUCCCUGACCACAGGCUCGCGGAUCGGCAUGAUGCGCUCAGCCAGCGGCGACCUCCACUAUUAUAUCAAUGGCGUGGAUCAAGGCGUGGCCUGCUCCGGUCUGCCACCAGAGGUGUAUGCUGUUAUCGACCUGUACGGUCAGUGCGUUCAGGUGUCCAUCACCAGCUCCUCAGGUCCACUGGACAACAGUCUCUGUACCAGCAACAUCACUGAGAAGAGCUUCCCCAUCCACUCACCAGUAGCAGGUGUUGCCCAUCGGCUCCACAGUAAACACGGCAAGAACGUGGUGCUGCUCGGUGAGGGUUGCCAGGCUGUCAGAGUCGGUGGUUACGCGCAUGGCAUUGUGUUCAGCGCAAAGGAGCUCAAAGCAGAUGAGCUGUUUGAGGUGAGGAUUGAUGAAGUGGAUGAGCAGUGGUGCGGUUCGCUGCAUAUCGGUCUGACCACACUGGCACCUCCGGAGUUGCCGUCUUGCCCCCUGUCAGGUCUCUCCCCCUCCCUCCCACAGCUCCGCACCAAGGUCACCUGGCUGCUCUGCGGCUGCGAAGUCCGUCGCAACGGAGUGCUGCAGCGGCAGAACUAUGGCUGCUCACUGGACCGGCUGAUGGUUGGGAACCGUGUGGGUGUUAAGAGGUGCAAUGAUGACACCAUGCACAUCUUCAUUGAUGGAGAAGACAUGGGACCUGCUGCUACCGCGGUAGCCAAGAAUGUGUAUGCAGUUUUGGACCUGUACGGACGUAUAACAGCGGUGUCCAUCGUCAGCUCCUCACUGAUGGAGGACAUGGAGAGUGUCAAGGCGCCUUCGCUCUCCUCAGACAGCUGCAGUGAAGGAGAGGAGGACAGCACCCCUGUCAGAGAGGUUGAGAGUGAGCCAUGUGCACUGGUGCCCACGGUGAUGGCCUUCCUGGAAAACCAUGGCAAAAACAUCCAGCUGUCCAACCAGAAUCUGACAGCAGCCAGAGUGUCGAGCUACAACCAGGGCCUGCUGGUCACCGCCCAGCCGCUGGCUCGUCAGCAGCUGUUUCAGUUUCAGAUCGACCGUCUGAACCCAUCAUGGACGUCGUCGUUGUCGUUAGGAGUGAUAGGCCACUCCCCCGACCGACUCAACUUCCCCUCCACAGCGUGCUGCCUGAAACGCUCCGCCUGGCUGCUGCAGCGAGACUCUGUCUUCCACAACUCCCUGAAGAUAUGUGAGAACUACGGUCCUAACCUAGAUACUUGCCCUGAGGGGACGGUGUUAGGUCUGCUGGUGGACGCUAACAGCUGUCUCCACCUCUAUGUCAACGGCAUGGAUCAGGGUGUGGCGGCGCAGGACAUCCCUUCGCCCUGCUACCCAUUCAUCGACCUCUACGGCCAGUGUGAACAGGUUACUAUCGUGACAAACAACGUGCCAGCUGUGGGAGGAGAGAGUGGCGAGACCCGCUGUCAGGGCGACAUGGAGAAGGCCGACAUGGUUGACGGAAUCAAAGAGAGUGUGUGCUGGACGCCCCCUCCAGAGGUCAACCCCAACAAGACCUGUGAGUACCAGGCGCUGUGCUCACGCUUCAAGGAGCUGCUGACGUUACCUGAUGGUUAUUUCAAUGAAGACGCUAAGUACAACCUGUGCUACUGUGAGUCCUGCCACAAGCUUCGGGGUGACGAGGCUUAUUACAAAAGAGGAGAGCCACCCCGUGACUACGCCCUGCCCUUUGGCUGGUGCCGCUUCGCCCUCAGGAUCAAGUCCCACUGUGAGGUUUCUAACGCAUUGAAGAAGUGGCACAUUGCGUACCACGGCACCAGUGUAGGAGCGCUGCGACGCACACUGGACCACAGCCAGCUCCUGCCUGGGACGUCGUCCAUCUUCUCCGUCUCGCCGGUGAAGGCGGAGGGGCCCAAUGGCUACACCGAGCCGGAGGAAAACAGUGCUCCUGGCAGGGAGGUUCCCAGAGUGCGGCUCUCCCCCACCAUGCGUUACUCUGGCUUGGAGAUCUUUGCUCCCAAAGUGCAAUUUCGGGACCCCCGUUCUCAUCGCUCCCACCAGGCUCAGGUGGGAUUCCAGGUGUGUGUGCGUCCGGGCUCCUACAAGGUUGGACCUCAGACACUCGGCCACAGCGAGCCCCUGGAUCCUCGCUUCAGCAACUCAGAAAUCGAGUGGAUAACCAAGGAGCAGGGCGGCACACUCCUUUACGGACUGCUCAUUCGGGUCGAAUGAACGGAGCAACGACGGAGGCAUUCGGGUGGAAGUGGGGAGGGGCUCUGCGCGGCACUCCUCGUACUUUUAAUAAACUGACAACCAAAUCCAACCCCUGCCUUGAGCAAGAGACUCCUCUGGAAUCCAGCUGUUCCUACUGUGGAUUGUUGACAAUUCAGCAUUUUUGAUUUUGUUUUUUUGUUUUUUGUUUUUUUUUCGUCAGUUUUUGGUUGUUUGCUCUCGGACUUUUUUAUUGGCCGGGGGCUACGGCGGUUUCAAAGAACAGACACUGCCUGCACUUUAUGUUUCGGACACUCGUGGGCGAUUUUUAAACUAACUUCUCAUCGACACGACAUGUUUGUUCAUUCGCUGAAGUUCUUUUUUUUUUGCCACAUUUUUGUUCUUCCCAUCCACUUAUUUUCUUCCACUCUCACAAAUAGCUACACUUUUUUUUUUUGGCACUUAUUUUAACACCUUAUCACCUUUGCUGUGGUUGGUGUUUCAUUUUGGGAGGAGCUACUUCCUGCCAAUCUGCACGUUAACGAAAAAAAAAAAAACAGAAACAUGGGUCAAAAAAACAAAGAGUGACGAUGUUUUCAGAAAAAUAUAUAUAGAAAAAAAAAAACAAGAGAGACACUUGAGAAUGAACCCAAGAGUGUCAUGUGAUUGUGACUUCUGCAGAAGGAGGGGAUUUUAAAACUGGAGGAGGGGGGGCAAAAAAAACAAAAAAGAAAAAAAGAUGUUUACACAUGCACCACUAUAUGUUGCUGUCCUCUUCAUGUCUCUCCACAUUAGCAGUCUGGCUUUUUUUUUUUUUUCUGUUCUGACCCAGCAUCAUUUCUGACUCCUCAUCAAAUGGAAAGUUUAAAAUGUGGAGAAAACUGGAGCGUUAAGACAGAACAUCGACUUCUGAAAGAUCAAACUGCACCUUUUUUGGGAACUUAAAAUAGUGCCAGAUGAUGAAUGAUUAAUUAUGUUCCAGCCUUACAACUUGUGUGUGUUACAAGUUAUAGGAUGCAUCACUAAAUAUUUAAAAAGGGGGGGUGUGUGUGAUAUACAGGAUGUACUGUUUUUGGCUACAGGAAGAUUAUUUGCUCUUACCUCUGUAUAAUAAAUAUGAAGCUACAGCUAGCGCCCAGAUGGUUCCCACGGAAAAGUUCUUAUUUUUUAACUCGCGACAGACUAGGACAAGCCACAGAGAGGUGACACCCAUGCCUUAUAUUAACAAUAUUUUUUACUUUUACCAGGAACAAAAGGAUGAAAACUAGCACCGAGCAGCGUGCAGCUACUUCCCGUUUCUAUGGGGACCAUCUGGCAAUUUAAGCAGGCGGCUAGCUUAGCAUAAGCUGGACACAAAAACACACCUGUCAGCACUUCUAAAAUACAAAUCAGCAUGUUUUUUUUCCCUACUCUGGAUGUAAACAGUUCACUGGUUGCAUCCUGAGUGAUUAUUAAACAGGGAAGUGCUCAUAAUUUUGGCCAAAACACAGGAAGUAGUGCAACAAUACUUGUGAAACUGUGACGAGUCCUUUUUAAACCUCUGUUUUUUGUAUGAAUUACUUAACUUAAAUGAUUGAGCUUUAGGAAAAGAGGCUUUUAACAGUCAUGAAGUAAAAAGUAUUUCCCCAACUGUUGUUUUUAAAGGUGGAUACAAGUGGUUUUCCAUAUCACCCCGUCACCGUUUACGCCUCCACCCCCAUCCAUCCAUCCAUCCAUCCAUCUAUACAUCCGUCAUGUCUCACACUGUUUACCCGGCAGGACCUCCCAACAGUCUGCAAGGAGUUAAGCAUUAAGUUUAGCCAUCCCUACUAGUGUUUACAUGUGAAUGUUAUUAAUUAGGGCUCGGCAGUUCUUUUACUCCCAAUAAUUGAUUUACACUUGUCAAAUGUUUAUACGAGGGUUUUAUCUGAUCCGGAAAAAAAACAUCCACGCGAUUGAUUGUAUGUGAGCAGCUUUACAUCGGUCUCAAUCCUGUUGCCAAUUUGCUAAAUCUCCUGCGGAAUUCAAAAACGAACAGAAGCUCAGUCACCGUGUAAGAGCAGCUGACUGAUAGGCGAUCUAACGGGGGUUUAGCAGAGAAGAAGAAGAAGAAGGAAAAAAAAAAAACAACUUCCAAUGAAAAAUGUGAAAAAGUACUAUUAUAUGGGUUAUUUACAGCCCAGUGCUGCUUUGUACAUUUUAAUUUGUAUUUUUCUUUUUUGUUUUCUGUAUGUUGCGUUGUAUAGGCUGUUACAUAACAAAUCAUAUCUUCCUGAUUUAUAAAAAAUACAAAUAAACUGACUGACAGUAUGCACACAAGA